AUGGUAAAUUCACCAUCUGACAGCAAUAAUAAUAAUAUUACCCCCGAUAAAUCGGUGGGAAUUGAAAUGCAGCCAAUCGAUCAAAAUGAAAAUUUAAAUGUACCACCACGUACUGGUGAUGUUUCGAUUGAAAUGCCUCGUAGCAAUUCGCUUCAGGAGCUGCCGUUCAUCUCGGAAGAUGUUGCCGCAUCGACCAAGACAUUCAGUGGAUUCUCAAAGAACACCCAGGAAGUCGAUCCAAAGUCUACUACCACCACCAACUACGACUACCGUAAGUCGUGGCGUACUCCACUGCGUCGUCAACUAUUCGAGCCACCCUCUGAAACUCAAAUCCAACUCGCCAAAGAAAAGGAAGAGAACUACAGAAAGACACUCGAACGUAAGAAGGAGGCUCAAAAGCCAUUGGAAUCUAUCAUGGAGGAGUUGAAAGCCAAUCCAAAUGGUUUAUCAUCUGCUGAAGUUUCAGAAAGAACUGCACAAUAUGGUGAAAAUAAGAUUCCAGAUGUUAAGAGAUAUCCAAUUUUGGAGUUUUUAUAUUUCAUGUGGAAUCCACUGUCUUGGACUAUGGAGUUGGCAGCUAUUGUGUCGAUUGCCUUGCUCGAUUGGGUAGAUUUCAUUUUGAUUGUAGGUUUGUUGCUUAUGAAUGCAACUAUUGGUUAUUACGAGGAGCACACUGCAGGUAAUGCUGUGGAGGCAUUGAAGAAUUCACUGGUUUCUCAGACUAGAGUACUGAGAGAUGGAAAGUGGGAUCAGGUGGCGUCGACGUCGCUGGUACCCGGUGACGUUAUCAUCUUGAAGAUCGGUGCUGUCGUUCCAGCGGAUUGUCGUGUUCUCGAGUGUGAGUCUGUCAAGAUCGAUCAGUCUUCGCUCACUGGUGAGUCACUCCCGGUCACCAAGAAGAUCGGUGACGAAGUCUACUCUGGUUCCUCGAUGAAGCAAGGUGAAGCCACCUGUAUUGUAACAGCCACUGGUGUCAACACUUUCUUUGGUCGUGCUGCCAACUUGGUGCAAAACACCGAGAGUCAAGGUCAUCUUCAAAUAGUUCUUCGUAACAUCGGUCUCUUCUGUAUCAGCUUCAUUGCCAUUUGGGUGGUCGUUGAGUUGCUCGUUCAAUUCAUUGCUCGUGACCAAAAGUGUAACGGUGUCGGUGAAGGUAAAUGUACUACUUUGAACAACGCACUCGUUUUGUUGGUCGGUGGUAUCCCAAUUGCUAUGCCAACAGUACUUUCCGUGACAAUGGCUAUCGGUGCCACUCAGCUCUCAAAGAAACAAGCUAUUGUUUCGCGUCUCACUGCUAUUGAGGAGUUGGCCGGUAUGGACAUUCUCUGCUCUGAUAAGACCGGUACUUUGACAUUGAACGUUCUCACCGUUGACACUCCACUCUGUUUCGCAGGAACCUCCCCGGAGGAUAUUAUUCUCUCAGCGUAUCUCGCAUGUUCCGAAGGUGACGAUCGUGACGCCAUCGAUAUUGCCACCACUGAAUACGCCCACAAGACCUAUCCAAACCUCGACUACGACCACUUCAAGAUCCUCAAGCAUUAUCCAUUCAAUCCAGAGGACAAGAAAGCUAUGGGUCUCGUUCAAGGUCCAGACGGUAAGCAAUUCAAGACUGCCAAGGGUGCCCCACAAAUCAUGUUGAACCAAGCAUCGAACAAAGACCAACUCAACGAUGAGGUCUCUCAGGAAAUUGAGAAUCUCGCAGAGAGAGGUUAUCGUGCUAUCGGUGUUUCUCGUGCCGACGACGCACCGGAAUUCAAGAAUUGGGUAUUCCAAGGUUUGAUUCCAUUGUUCGAUCCACCCCGUCACGACACUGAAGACACCAUCAAGCGUGCCUUGGAAAUGGGUGUACGUGUAAAGAUGAUUACCGGUGACCAACUUGCCAUUGCCAAAGAAACUGCCAGACGUCUCGGUAUGGGUGGAAAUCUUUUCACCAUUCCCUACUUGAAGCACAACGAUCUCGGUAUGAAGGGAUCUGACUUGAUUGAAAUGGCCGACGGUUUCGCUGAGAUGUGGCCAGAACACAAAUACAAGGUUGUCCACUCACUCCAGAAGCGUAAGCACGUCGUCGGUAUGACUGGUGACGGUGUCAACGAUGCUCCAGCCCUCAAGAAAGCCAAUAUCGGUAUUGCCGUCGCCGGUGCCACCGAUGCCGCCCGUUCCGUCUCUGACAUUGUCCUCACUUCGUCCGGUCUCUCUGUUAUCAUUGACGCCAUUAUCACCUCACGUAAGAUCUUCCAACGUAUGAGAAACUACGUUAUCUACUCUGUAUCUGCAACUGUCCGUAUCUGUGUCACUUUCGGUAUCUUGACCAUCGCCUGGAACUUCUAUUUCCCAACUAUCGCCACUGUUAUCAUUGCCAUUUUGAAUGACGGAACCAUGUUGACAAUCGCCAAGGACAGAGUACGUCCACGUUCCACUCCAGACAGAUGGGAUCUCAAGGAAGUAUUUAUCAUGGCUUUGUGCUACGGUCUCUACUUGGUCGGAUCGACCAUCGUCUUCUUUGCGCUGCUCCACGACACCACAUGGUUCGAGGACACCUUCAACUUGCGUACAUUGAACGACAAUGAGUUACGUGGUCUCAUCUACUUGCAAGUCUCCAUCUCUGGUCUCGCCACAAUCUUUGUCUCUCGUUCCCAAGGAUUCUCCUACCUCGAACGUCCGGGUGCACUCAUGUCGAUUGCCUUUGUCGGUUCGCAAAUCAUCGCCACCUUUAUUGGUGUCUAUGGAUUCAGAGGAUAUCCACACGACGGAGACAGAACCAACUUUGAAGGUUGCGGUUGGGGUUACGGUUUGGUUGCCUGGAUCUGGUGUUUGCUCUGGUACAUCCCAAUGGACUUUAUCAAACUCGGUAUCUCCUACGUCUACAAUGGAAAUCUUAGAUUCCACAACCGUGUCUUUACCAACAAUUUCUUCUUUAGAAAAGGAAAGAAGCCAUUGGUUAAACCAUCCGAAUUACAUUAA